AGACGAGUCUUUGAAUGCAGCAUUAGCUCCAGUCUGGGCAGUGGGACGGGCUUCCGGCAGGAUGUCGUCAUAAACAUGGCGUGGAGAGGAUGUGUAAUGAAAUGGGCCAAAACAGAGUUCAACAGAUCCACCAACACUACUUCACGAAGCUCCAGCAGACUGAACCGCUGCAACCAACAGAGGUGCGGUUUCCAUCGGGAAGCCAAAAGGCCGAAUACAAAGAAAGGAAAUGUCACCCAAGAAACGACCUCCGAGGCUGGUGCACCAGGUCCCCCACCUCCUCCCAAAGCCCCCAAGCCGACACUUUUCAAACCGCUGAUGUUCACAGUAGGGUUUACAGGCUGCUCCUUUGGUGCGGCGGCCAUUCUGCAAUAUGAGACCCUGAAGUCAAGAGUUCAGACUGUAAAAGAUGAAGAUGAAAAACUGUUACAGGGCUCCCAGGACAUGGCGUACUGGCAUGACUGGUGGAACCAGCUGUCAGGCUUCCAGCGACAGCUCAUCUUCCUGAUGUCCAUGGUGGAUGACUACUGGAGCAGCCUCACAGAGGGACAGAGGACUGUCACUGGUAUCAUUGCAGUAAAUGCUGUAGUCCUGUGUUGCUGGCGGAUCCCUUCAAUGCAAAGAAGCAUGAUUAAGUACUUCACGUCCAACCCAGCCUCCAAAACGCGGUGCCUUCCCAUGGUCCUGUCCUCCUUCAGCCACUACUCCAUUAUCCACAUGGUGGCCAACAUGUAUGUCCUGUGGACAUUCUCCUCAGGAAUUGUCUCUCUCUUAGGGAAGGAGCAGUUUCUUGCAGUCUACCUGUCUGCCGGUGUGAUUUCCACGAUGGUUAGCUACAUGUGUAAAACAGCCACUGGACGUCUCCAUCCAUCAUUAGGAGCAUCAGGUGCCGUCAUGGCAGUACUGGCCGCAGUCUGUGCAAAGGUACCAGAGGCCAAACUAGGCAUAAUCUUUCUCCCCAUGGUCACUUUCACAGCAGGAAAUGCUCUGAAAGCGCUUGUUGCCAUAGAUACAGCAGGGCUUAUACUGGGAUGGCGGCUGUUUGACCAUGCAGCUCAUCUUGGCGGAGCCCUCUUUGGAGUAUGGUAUGUAGCAUAUGGUCACAAACUGAUUUGGAGGAAGAGGGAGCCUCUUGUGAAGCUGUGGCACGACAUGCGUUCUCCAGGUGCUGGUGGAUCCAGGCCUGGAGGUGGGCCUGGGGUCAGUGGUGGUGGUGGUGGAGGACCUGGACCACAAUGAGACUCUGCAAGGUCUCUCGGAUCCUUUUUCAAAGAACUGGAGUCCAGAGUUACCUUGGAAUAUGCAAGGGCACUUUUAUCCACCAAGAGGGAGUUUGUAUGUUAUUGUUUAUCAAUAAAUAUAGUUUUUCAUUCGAGGGAGGAAGAGAGCAUGAGCUGAUUUAAUGGUAUGCAAAGAGACCUGAAAUUUGAAAAUCAGGUCAGACCUCACACCUGGUGUUGCAAUCCAGAUGUUUACUGUGUAGACUGAUAGCAUCUGCUGCCCUACAAGUAACACAUUCAAGCUACAAAAUGAAAACAUCAUCACUAUCCUACCUCUUAAUAAUCUGAAGAUGUUUAACCUUCAGCCAUCAUGUCAGCUUUUUCCUGUUCAUAUUAUUAUUAUUACUAUUACUAUUAUUAUUAUUGAAAGCAAUUGUAUAAGCCUGGACAGAAACAGCUGAUACAAUGAUGAAAUCAUUUGCUGAAUUCAAUGUAAAGUACAGUCCUGUGGGCUGGUCUUAUGUUGCUAUUAAAACUGGAGUUUCAACAAUU